AUGUUCAGAAAGAAUGUUUCAAACAGUCUUGUUGGUGCAAAUGCCGACAAGCCGAUGCCGACAUGCUUAGCAAGCACGGAUCUGCCGACCCAGCACCUGAGCUCAGCUGCCGUCUCUGCACCAGCACAUCAGAUUCCUCUAACCUAUGACGUCUUCCCCGCAGCUUCGAAUGGUCGAGAUGUUGCGCUCCAUCCUGGUACACUCCCAAAAUCGUCGAACGAACCCAACAGAUUGUCAAAGAGUAACCUGCCAAGCAACAACCCAGCACCACACAAGCGUGACUGGGGGCUGAAGAUGGUAUGA